UUAAACCUAGUAUUUCCGGUUUCUGCCACGGUGACCAAAGUUCCCAUCUUAUAUCAGCCUGUUGUGGUCAGUCAUGUUAUUCAACCAACACUUUGAAGCUGCGGACACUUCUUUUUGACGGUUAUUCACGUUAAACUGCAGCCACCGCCACAGAUAAGGAAAGAUGAGACUACCACGGCGGUUCCUCACACUACACACAUCAGCUGUCAGGAGGACAUCCUCAGUCCCCGCGGGUGUCCCGAGCUUUGUCCCCGCCUGCAGCACCGCAGACAGACAGUCCCUGGAGCUGCUGCAGGACUUUGUCUCCAGAUCAAGUCGCCUGUUUGUCAUCAGUGGAGCCGGACUCUCCACUGAGUCAGGGAUUCCCGACUAUCGUUCAGAGGGGGUCGGGCUGUAUGCUCGCACUGACAGGAGACCCAUGCAGCAUGCAGAGUUUGUCCGCAGUGCAAAGUCCCGUCAGCGCUACUGGGCCAGGAACUUUGUCGGGUGGCCCCAGUUCUCCUCCCAUCAGCCAAACUCCGCACACAAGGCCCUGCAGCAGUGGGAGCAGAGAGGCAAGCUGCACUGGCUGGUGACCCAGAAUGUGGAUGCUCUUCAUUCAAAGGCUGGACAGAAGAGACUGACUGAGCUCCACGGCUGUGCACACAGGGUGAUGUGUCUUGGCUGUGGUGACAUCUCAAAGAGGGAGGAGCUGCAGGCGCGAUUCGUAGCACUGAACCCGGACUGGAGAGCACAGACGGGUGGCGUGGCUCCGGACGGUGACGUCUUCAUAGAGGACGAGCAGGUCCUCAAUUUCAGAGUUCCCUCCUGUGAGAACUGUGGAGGUAUCCUGAAGCCUGAGGUCACGUUUUUUGGAGACACUGUGAACAAAGCGACGGUACAGUUUGUGCACGACAGACUGAGCGAGUCGGAUGCGUUACUAGUGGUGGGGUCAUCAUUACAGGUUUAUUCAGGAUACAGGUUUUUACUGGCAGCCGGUGAUCGGAAAAUGUCAGUUGCCAUCGUGAACAUUGGGCCCACGAGGGCAGACCACCUGGCUGAGCUGAAGGUGAGGGGCCGCUGUGGUGAAGUGCUGUCAGUCAUCCAACCUCUCUGACUGUCAAGGACAUGCAGUUUGGAUAAUCUACAUUAAGAUGGUCAAAACUACCUCAGAUUCAAACCGGUAAACGACAUAAUCAACUUCAGGAUGAAAGUCACGACUGGCACUUUCGAGCAACAUAAAUGUAGCCAGGAGCAUCUACACUUCUCUGCCAAAAUAAUUUGCUGCUAUUAACUAAGGAGGACAAAAUCUAACACAUCUAACUUAUUUUAUGCAAAACAAGUGUGCCUGUCUUGGAAAUUCAAUUUCUUCAUCAGACUACAGAUUUGCUGUCAGUGGAUCAGCUUCUUGGUCCAAUAAACAGUGACACAUCUGCCCUGCCAGGGGACACAGAGAGAACCAAGUUGUACUGUAUUUACCAUUGCUAUGGGUUUUAGCACCAUAGAGUGUGUGCAGCUACAAGCAACACUGUUAUUGUAUUGGAAAUAUCAGAUAAGCGGUGUACAAGAUGUUUGUGGAAGUGCAAACUGUUAUUGCUGAGCUAAAAAUCAUGUGGCAGGUUAGACACAAUAGAGAUUGAUUUGACAAUGUUUAGGAAACUAAUCCAAGUGGAGAUAAUGCAAAAUAUACUGUAAUCAACUGGUUUAAAGGGUGUGAUUUGAUUUGCACUAUACUGGCAUGAUUUACUCAUGUUUUUAAAUAAAGGUGCUGAUGUUUGAACAUUUUCAAUUUAAACAUUUCCUCAAUAUGUUAAACAAUGUUACUUCAAGUUUGAGUCUUGAAAUUACAAACUGCAACCUGUCAAGCAGUGGAUCAUGUUUUACUUGAAACUGAUGCAAAUAUUUAUAUUCAUGUCAUGACAAACACAAUUUUCUGUUUUAUGAAUAAAUAAC